AUGUGUAUCCCACGCCCACGCAGGCACACAACCCAAUCCACCUCACCCAUCACAAAACUUCCGUACCAGCGCCUCGACUCGCCUCCUGCAACGCCCCGUAUGGUCCCUAAUCCCCCCGCUGUCGGCACCGUCGCCGCCAUGCCCACAUCGCCGACCCGGAUCGCGGCUCCGGCCCCCAACCCCCCACUCUCCUCCCGCGUAUCCUCCCAGCACGAGCGCCUCCUCCUCGAGCUCCUCCCUUUCAAAGACGCCGCCAAGUUCCACGACUGGCUAGACAGCAACUUUGUCCGCGGACCGUGGAACGAGUUCAACGCAGACUUCCUCUCCCGCGCCAUCGCCAACGCCGCCGCGGCGGGCGUAGUGGGGCCUACGGGUGUCACGGGUCCCAGCGCCGUGCCGGAGCCGGAAAAGGUCCGCACGGCCCAGGCGGCGCGGGAGGCGCUCAACGCCAGGAAAGCCAAGUUUAUCGUCUACCGCCCUGACAAGAGCGCGUGGACGGCUGAAGACCACCAUGUGCGCUUCAUUGUCACGCUCGUCGCGGACAACAUGCUGCAGAACCUGUGGUACGAGUCCGAGUGGAAGAAGAAGGGGCUCGACAUCGCCAAGGCGGCGUACGAGGUGCUUGUCUUCCUCAAGGCCACCAUGGUGUACGCGGACCCGAACCCGCCCAGUUACUCGGCAUGA